AUAAAGCGGUUCCCCCAUAACACGCAUGCGUCCUAAACAGGUGUAAAUUGCACGAUAUGCAAUGGCAUCUGAAGUAGCCCUAUGCGUGGUAGAAAAGUCCCUCAUGUUCGUGUAAACCCCUCGCUAUUUCGAUUAAUACAGUGCAUGCAAGGAUGGAGAAUUUUCGGCUAAAUUAAAUCAUAUGAAGGUUAUAAUUAUAGGGCUUUGAUAAGCAUCCUUUUUCUAUUUGAAGAAUACACCACAUGUGCAGAUAAACACAUUGAAUAAUAUUUGUUCAUGUCUAUUUGCUUGUGAUUAUUCAGGUUCACAUGUAUACUGUACCACUUUUUGGUCACAACAUGGGCUGGAUAACUAGCCUGGACACCAGGGUUGGGCUCAAUUCGAAUUGAAGGCAGUGUAUCUAGUGUAUCCAGUAAACAUCUGGCACAUUUUGUAAAUAUUUCAUUUUUACAAGCAAAAACAUAUUAUUUGCAAAUAGCAAAAAUAAGGACAAACAUGGGUCAACUACAGAUGCAGUUAGAUAUUAUGCUUAAGUCAGUGAUGGCAAACAGAAUGUGAAAGGAUUAGUUCACAAAAAAACACAUCUAAUUUCAUGCAUUCCUAAAGGAAUGUAUCUGUCAUGUUGCUUAUUCUUAUCCAAACCUUUCAGAUCUGCAUUAGUGCCUAACAGGUUGUUUCUGGACAGGGCUUAUAGCUUUUUCAAACCAAGCUGCAGCCCUGUCCAGAAGCAAACAUCCUCUAGCCCCUAACAUCUAGGUAGUUAUGAAACAAUAUCAGAUGGAAUGCUGGCGCUAUUGCCUCUAGCUCUUGUAUGAUCCCUGAAGUAGGUUUGUAGAGCAAUUUGGGUUGGGAUUUAUAUGUCUUAAUACAGGGCUACUUGCUAUUAGUAGGACCUAUGGGGUUGCGUCCCAAAUGGCACCCUAUUCCCCCAUAUAGUUCUGUAUGGGUCCUGGUCAAAAGUAGAGAACUUCAAAGGGAAUAGGGUGCCAUUUGGGACACAGAUACAGUAUUAAUGGGAGGUAUAAUUCAUCCUGCUCAUUGUUUCCAUGGCACAUCUGAGAUCUGACUACAUUGUCAGACAGGAGGAGGAUAACCAUCUUUCAAGAAAAAUGUGGCUGGUUGGACCCAGAAAAUAUUAUAGAAUAUAAAAUAUGAUGUGUUUUAUAGCAGUGUCUUUAUGGAUUAGAAACAUUAAAGUGAUAGUCCAUAGCCAACUCUUAGAGAAGAGGUUGAGAAUAGCUUUACAGGUAACACUUCCAUUAUUUUUGCUCUUAUACCUGUGUAUUAACACUGUAAUUACUACAAUAACAACAUUGUAAUAACAUAUUAUUUUAGUAAUGCUUUACAAUCACAUAGUGAUAGAGAUGGAGUUCGAUGUAGAAUAAAGUGCAAUUACAGUGUUAUUACACUCCUAUAAGAGCAACCUAAGGUUUUGUAAUGUGCUUCUGGGUUACCUACCUGUAGGCUAUUAGGCUUAUUACUUGGCCGAGGCCUAAUCCUACUUCAUAUGGAAUUAAUUCUGUGGAUUCCUGGAAAACAUCAUGACUCGGCAGCAUCACAGCUCAGCAACAAGAUCAACAACCUGUCCUGUCUGUAAUGUUUGGGUGAAUUUGAAUUGAAGGCAGUCAAUUCAGGAAGUGAUUUAAAUAAAAUAAAAUAAAAACAGUGAUUUAAUUUUUUUUUUUUAAAUACACUAUAUAUACAAAAGUGUGUGGACACCCCUUCAAAUGAGUGGAUUCGGCUAUUUCGUCCACACCCGUUGCUGACAGAUGUAUAACAUCGAGCAGACAGGAAUGCAAUCUCCAUAGACAAACAUUGGCAGAAGAAUUUCUUGUCGUGAUGUGUGUUUUGUCCUAUAUUUUUAUUUAAUUAAUUGUAUUAUUAAUCCCAGCCCCCGUCCCCGAAUUUGUUCUUAACUGGCUUGCCUAGUUAAAUUAAGGUUAAAUAAAAAAUACAAAAAAGAAUGGCCUUACUGAAGAGCUCAAUGAGUUUCAACGUGGCACCGUCAUAGGAUGCCACCUUUCCAACAAGUCGGUUGGUCAAAUUUAUUUCAUGCUAGAGCUGCCUUGGUCAACUGUAAGUGUUGUUAUUAUGAAGUGGAAACAUCUAGGAGCAACAACGUCUCAGCAGCAAAGUGGUAGCGACACAAGCUCAAAGAAUGGGACCUCAGAGUGCUGAAGCAUGUAAAAAUCAUCUGUCCUCCGUUGCAAUUCUCACUACAGCGUUCCAAACUGCCUCUGGAAGCAACGUCAGCACGAUAACUGUUGAAUCCGUCAGAUUCGCCCAACAUCAGUGCCCAACCUCACUAAUGCUCUUGUGGCUGAAUGGAAUCAAGUCCCCGCAGCAAUGUUCCAACAUCUAGUUGAAAGCCUUUCCAGAAGAGUGGAGGCUGUUAUAGCAGGAAAGAGGGGACCAACUCCAUAUUGAUGCCCAUGAUUUUGGAAUGAGAUGUUCGACGAGCAGGUGUCCACAUACUUUUGGCCAUGUAGUGUAUCUUCUACUUUUCAGUUAAUUGAGAAGUCAUUGUAAAUAGAUGCCCUUUUUUCAAUUAUUCGCUUGGAAUGUCAGUUUACUUCCAGAAUCGACUGACUUCCAUUCAUAUUGACCCCAACCCUGCAGGGAGCCUCAUUGGCCUAGUUAGCAAACUAUAUGUGCUGUUUUGGUAUGGGGAGUAUCCAGACCUUCACACAGUCCUAAAGUGAUUAAAUAAUUUGAUGAAAUGCCAGGGUGAACUGUAUUUUUCAGUGCUGUGACAACCUGUGACUUGAAAAUGCAGCUACGGCCUGUGAACUGACUGUUGAUUCAGUGUCCAAACUUGGUCCCAUUGUCAUUCAAUGUACAAUAGUGCUAUUCCAAAGCUUCCCUAUGGAUGAGCCUGGGAAUGACUUCAAUGGAUCUCUUUGGAAGUGCGAGGCAGGGAUGUAAUGGAUUGGUCCCAUGGCCUGCCAGCUCCCUCUUCCCAGUAUGUCCAGCUGUGGCAAACCUCCCCCACUCUCCGGAGAAGGGUCAGGCUCUAACUCUCUGGCAUGGGUCAAACUCUUCAAAAAGCCUGGAGGUGUUGGUGGUGGUGGGGGUCUGGGGAAGUCCUAUCAGCCUGGGAGCAUGUUGUCUCUGGCUCUCACCAAAGGCCUGCUGAACGAACCAGGCCAGAAUAGCUGCUUCCUCAACAGUGCCGUACAGGUGCUAUGGCAGUUGGACAUUUUCAGGAGGAGUUUGAGACAGCUUCCUGGUCAUUUUUGUCUAGGGGAUGCCUGCAUUUUCUGCGCUUUAAAGAGUAUUUUCAGCCAGUUCCAGGAGAGCCGAGAGCGAGCGUUGCCUUCAGAUAGCCUGCGCCACGCCCUUGCCGAAACCUUUAAGGACGAGCAACGCUUCCAACUAGGCCACAUGGACGACGCUGCAGAGUGCUUUGAGAACAUUCUGGAGAGAAUUCACCUGCACAUAGUUUCUGACACAGCGACUGAGGCCUGCACAUCCAAGUCCUGCAUUACCCACCAGAAGUUUGCCAUGACACUUUAUGAACAGUUUGUAUGUCGUAGUUGUGGCGCCUCCUCGGACCCCCUUCCUUUCACAGAGCUAGUGCAUUAUGUUUCCACCACAGCCCUAUGCCAACAGGUGGGCCACGUCCUGGGGAAGAACGACAGGCUUCGGUCGGACAUGUUCGGGGAAUUGCUGCAGGCGGCAAACACCAUCGGUGACCUACGGAACUGUCCGAGCAACUGUGGCCAGAGCAUCAAGAUCCGUCGGGUUCUCCUGAACUGCCCAGAGAUCGUCACCAUUGGCUUCGUGUGGGACGCAGAGCAGUCUGACCUUACAGAGGAUGUGGUUAGGUCACUGGGUCCACAUCUCAACCUCUCGGGGCUGUUCAACCGGGUCACUGAUGAGAACGCCAAAAGGAGUGAGUUACGUCUCGUGGGAAUGAUUUGUUUCUCCAGCAAACAUUACUCUGCGUUCGCUUAUCACACCAAGUCCUCAAAAUGGGUCUUCUUUGAUGACGCCACCGUGAAAGAGAUCGGAUCCAAGUGGAAAGACGUGGCCUCUAAAUGCAUCCGGGGACAUUUCCAACCACUGCUCCUGUUCUACACUAACCUGGAGGGGACCCCAGUCUCCAGCGAGGACGCACCCAGACAAACAACCAUGUGUCCCCGCUUUAAAGCCAACAUCAACGGGGAAGUGCCAGCAGGGAUGAAGAAGCUGGAUGCCGUCCGGGAGAAAGCAGGCCCACUCCGCUCCAACCAGGGGCCCUAUAAGCAGAUGCUACCUCCACCCUCCACCUCAGGCUACAAAAGAGUGAAAGGCCCACCUGCUAGUCCCAACACAUUCCGGGAUCCUUCCAAGGAGACUUCCCAGAGGGUGGUAGAAGGGAUAAAGAAAGAGGCCGAAAGAGGGCAUCGAAAACUAGAUCCACACAAAGAUAUGGCCUAUGCCAGAUCCCCUUCUGAGGGCGGGCUGAGGCAGCACGCCGACCAGAGGUUGCGAGGCGGGAGUGGCGCCCGGGCUGACAAGUUGUCAUCCUCCCACCAGAACAGAGCUUCCCAGGACCCACGCACUCAAUCCUGUGCCCCUGGUGGACACAGUUGGAGACAGGAAACCUCCCCUGGUCGCCAAGAACAGGACGGCAGCCAGGAUGCGUGGGAGAAGGAUGGCGGGUCGGGAGCGGGCCGCAACAAAGCCAAGCCCUCCUGGAGGCCCAUCCGGGAAGUUCUGAACGUUGACAGCGUCUUGAAUGACCUUGAACGACGGCAACAACAGCAGCAGCACGGCGGCGGUGGUGGUAGCCCCCGGCUCUCUAAACCCUCCUGUCAGGAGAGGCCUCAUGGCAGCGAACGGGACAACCGGGACUGGGAAAAAGAGCGGGAAAGGGAUAAAGAGCGGGAACGGGAGCGUCUCAGGAUAAGGGAAGAGCGCAAGCAGCAGAAGUGCUUGAUGACGAUUUACGAGGACGAGCAGCGGCAGGAGACAGAGAGCCACAGCUCCCUCGAAUCGGAGGGCAGGGCAAGUGGGCACGGAGACCAGGGCGGUGGAGGGGGUGGGAGCAGAGGUGGGGGGAGGGCCAAGGGCGGGCCCAAAGCCCUGUUGCGCAGCGACACCUGGACAAUCCAGAGGACUGAGUCGGGAUACGAGAGCAGCGACCGGCUGAGCAGCGGCUCCACCAACCCUGACUCGCCCGGGGUAGACAGCUUUGUCGGGAAGGAGCAGCGGUUGACACCAGAGGUGCAGUCUCAGAGCAGGGGUCAACUUCACCCAAACAGAUGUGAUUCAAAACCUGACGCGGUACACUCCUCUUUGCAUCAAGGCAAACAUCAACUGACAACUCAGGGAAAGAACUGCGACCAUCAAGUUUCACAUCUCCUGAAAAGUAGUCCAAGUUCAAGGCGAAAAUGUAGAUACAGCUCUGGCAGUUCUAAGAAAGGAGCAGGUCUAGAGAGGGACGCAAGCUCCUCAGACAACAGGAGUAGUCACAUGAUGGGAUCGCCAGAGAUGAGUAACAACAACAGAGGUGGUCACCAUGGCGACAGCCCCGCCGUGCGGCGCUUGGGUAAAACCAGCAGCUCGGAGUGGAACAGCUCUGACGACCUGGCUGGAAAUCUCUCGGAACCAGAGGACAGUGCCUACCGCUCCAGCAACAUCAAGCCCCCUCUGUCCGAGUCUCUGUCCCCCCACCACCUGGCCUUCCACCAACCCCCCCAUAUCGAACUGGAAGAACCCUCAUCUCAACAUCAGCCCUCCAUGCCGUCACUGCCUCACCCUAAAGCCGCCCAGCGAGCUUCCCCUCACCAGGGGGAUGUUGGCCGCCAUUGCUUCCGUCCCAGGCUACUCCAAGAGCCCUCCCAGACCAGCCCCCGGCCCAGCGUCCGGCCCACCCUGGCCUCACAUAACCCCAGCCUCAACCAGAGGUCGGAAUCCAAUGGCCCUCUGCAGAGGCCCUCGUCGAGUGCCAGCUCCAAGUCGGGCUCGGACCCAGAAAGGAGCAACCCGUCGUCGGGCGAAAGCGAGGAGAGGCUCCCCAUCUGCAGGCCACCUGGAGCCGAGUCAGCGGCAGCCCAAGGGGUUUCCCUCACCACGUACUUCAGCGUGGACAAUUGCAUGACAGACACAUACAGACUUAAGUACCAUCACCAGCGACCCCUCCUACUCUCAGCUAUCAUGCCCAAAGCACCAACGGAGCCCGGAGAACACCCCAGCCACCACCUGCACCCCGCAAACACACACUCCAUGCUAGACCCGCCCAAAACCCGGCCUGAUGCAGGCCAUAACAGCAAUAAGCCCACUGCAAAAUGGAACCCAGUGACAGCCAAAGGACUGGAUGAGCGUGGCUAUUUGUGACGAUAUUACCUGGUCUGAUGUCCAUAUAAAAUAAGCUAUUGAACUGGAUGCCAAAGAGUCUGCUGGCUGGAAAAGUGUUGCUCCCAGAACUUCAACUGUAAUCAGUGUCAAAUGUCAAAUCACUGAUGCACUGUGGGUUACUGAAGUACUUCUAUGUAUUUUAAAGUAAGAUACAGUUUGAUAGUCCACUGUCAGAGAAAAAAAUGUAUCUAUGUUGAUAGAUGAGUUGGAAGUUGGAAAGGGCAGUCCAAGUCAUAAUACAGUAAAAUAUAAUGAUUACCUGUUGAGUAUACACUCUUUACCUUUUGGUUUAAGGUAAUGUGCAUCUCUGAUUGUGUAGCCAACACAAACUCUUGUUUCCGAAUAUAAGCGGCAAAUUCAGCAAUCUCAUAAUACAAACACUAUCAAUGUGUUUGUAUACUUGUUAUCCUGCUGAAUAGACAACUGUAAUAAUGUUAGCCAACCUGCAUGAGGACUUAUAAAAGAGGUAACAAUAGUGAUGUGUACUGUAUGAGCAUGCGCAUGGCAUACUUUACAUUUGUAUCCAACCAACAUCCAAAUUCCAAUUGGUUUAUGUUAUUGGGUCUACUUAAAUGAUAUCUACACUUUUUUGACCUGCCUCAAUUUUUCCACAUACAGUACCAUGCAAGUACUUUAUAGGGCAGGAGAGACAUCAGAUUUAUUUCAACCACUGCUAACUUGACCAACUUUAGCCACUGCUAAAGUUUAGCCACUAACCAAAAAGUGAAAGGAAUGAUAGGGUAAAGCUCACUAUGUUCAGAAUUAGAAUUAGAAGUAACUUCAAUCAAUCAAAUAUCUUUAUAAAUACCUUUUUACAUCAGCAGAUAUCACAAAGUGUGUAUACAGAAACCCAGCCUAAAACCCCAAAACAAGCAAUGCAGGUGUAGAAGCAAGGUGGCUAGGAAAAACUCCAUAUUGCAGCAUAGAUACUGGAGACUGAGACGGGGGUCGGGGACACUGUGGCCCUGCCCGACGAUACCCCCAGGCGGGGCCAACCAGGCACGAUGUAAUCUCAUCCACUUUGACAAAGCACAGCCCCCACACCACUAGAAGGAUAUCAACAGACCACCGACUUACUACCCAGAGACAAGGCGGCGUAUAACCCACAAAGGUCUCCCCCACCACACAAGCCCAAAACCGGACAGGAAGAUAACGUUGAGUAUAGCGGAAAAAAAGCCUUGCACGACGUGAUGUACCUCUCUUAGGGACGGAAUGGGAGAGCACUAACAAGCCAGUGUAGAGAGGGGAGCCGGCCAGACAGAGACGGCAAGGGUGGUUUGUCACUCCAGUGCCUUGCCGUUCACCUUCGCACCAGUGAUUUGAAGGUAUUUGAGUUGAUUUGGUCGUGCAAUUUUGAACAUGGUGAGCUUGCCCCUAUCACUCCAAUUGUUAAUAGUGGCUAUUUAAACAAAUCAAACCUGUGGAUGACAGUUUCUUUGGCCCCAUAGACUACUUUCAGAGUAAGUGGAAAAAAUAGAGGUAAGUUUGAAAACAGCAAAAAAAAUCCUUUAAGUUGUUAUUAUUUAUUGUAUUUAUUUAGGGAGAAGAUAACGGCAGGGAUUCAAUAUGAUCGCGAGUUAUAGCUAUUGCAGCUUUUAAAGCCAAUGUUUGCACAUUCACGGAGAUUCUAUUUACGGUAAAUGCUGCUAAUGUUGUCUCAAUCGGAAAAUAGCGUAAGUCUGAAAAAAGCAUAGUGUUCCAAGGUGUGGGAUACUAUGCUAGCAUGAUAGUCAAUAUCUUUUCAUCAAUGUCUAUAACCUACGAUCGGAUUGAAUCCGGGCCAAAGUGUCGGACACUAUGUAAGCAUGAUUGUGUCAAUAAGUUUUUGGCAAUGACACCCAUAGUAUCACAAUUUAAGGUGCAAUUGAUUUAAAUGUUGGUAAAUCUGAUAGCAAGUUGCCCUCUAGAUGUUUCUGAAUGAAGCCAAACAAAUAUAAUUCACAUUAGAAUUCAUUUCAUACUGUUUUCAUUGGAUAGGUCAGGGGUCAUUUCCCUGUCAAAAACCAGGAACCAUAACUUUUACCAUAACUUUUUUACAUACAACAUUUUCACAUUUCACAUUGUUAAAAGAAGAAAAGUAUUAGGUAAAUAACCCAAUGGGAGAUGGCUUCAGUUUUGGUGAUCCAUAAAACCAUUCAGAUCAUGCUAAUGUGUAAACUUUAAAGGCCCAGUGCAGUCAAAAUCUUGUUCUAUAUAUAUUUCCACACUAUGAGGUUGGAAUAAUACUGUGACAUUGUGAUAAUGAUGAAUACCAUUUUAGUGUAAGCUGUUUGAAAAGAGCGUCUGAAAUUUCUGCCUGUUUUGGUGGGAGGGAGUAUUGGCCUUCCAUGGUGACAUCAACAUGCAGUAAAUUAGUUAAUAGACCGAGAGAUGGGUCGAAGAUACGAGAGUUCCAAACCUCUCCGCCAUUAACAGCAAAAGCUUUUUUUUUUUCUCUUUUUUUUUGUAGUUUUCCCCUGCUCAAAUCACUCCUAGGCAGUCCUAGCAAAAUUCUUGCUCGAGAAUUUGCCAUUCCUAAUAAGAUAUUUUUGAAAAUGUUUGAACAUUUUAAUUGAAAACAAUCAAAGUAAGGCACUUCAUUGUUACCUAGAAAUGAUUUGAUAUUGAGAUAAAAACAGCUGCAUUUAACCUUUAACACUUCACAGUAUAACACUUUGUUGGUGACAGUUUGCUUGAGGAAACUAUCCGUAAUAUUUUAUAUAGGUGGGAUGGUACUUUAUCCAUGGGGAUUUCUGAACACUGCAGCUCAUGAUUUAUGUUGCAAUUUUGCAGCAUUUGGAAAUUGCCUUGGAUCAUGUGUCAUUACAUAUUUAAAAUGUUAUGGUUAGUUUGCUAAUGCAAAGUGCUUCUUUGUGAGAGGAAAAUGUCUCUUGAAAACUUUCCAGAUAUCUCAACUCCAUUGCCUGUUAUAAAAAAUUGCAACAGAGCUACAUUGUAGUUUUAUGGUAUUUAAGUCAUCAAUAGGCAAAACUUCAUUGCGGCUAACUGGGGAUACGUAUGUAGAUUCAUUAACGUAAUGAUUUAUUUUAAUUGCAAUGUUCCUCUAUCCAUUUGCAAUGUGUGCAAAGAACAGGUAAAGCAAUUAUGGUUGGGCAGAACCAAAAACAAAACUUCUGAAUCUUGCCCCAUGUCCCAGAGGACCCUGCUACUUUCAGAAGAAAAAAAUAAUUUAAAGGGAUAGUUCACCCAAAUUACAAAAUUACAUGUUGGUCUAUUCAGUCUAUGGACAAGGUGAGACAGCAAUCCGUGCUUUGGUUUUGUUUACCUGGCCACUGUCUCCAAAUGCAAACUUUUUACCAUCUAAUGGCACAAAUUCAAUGCAAGUCAAUAUCCCCGAUAUUAGAAUCUUUUACAUUCAUCAGCAUAAAAUGUAGUGCAGAAAUCUUUAAGAGAAAAAAGCUAUUGAAAACUUAGCAUCUUGGCUGUCCUUUUUCAGUUAUCAAAACAAAAUGUAAUCCAAUUGUGAUCCGUCAUUUGAUUUUUGUAAUUUAUUUAAAUCCAUGCUGCUUCAAAAUGAAUGGUUUUGCCAUUAUGUCUGGUAAAUUUCAUGUUUUGUUAGGACAUUUUGGCAUUCAAAUAAUUUGGGGUAAGACUCAACAAACCGGGACACUAACAACAAUGGAUGUCAUAGUAUUUGCCCACUAAUGUUCCUAGGCUGUUGAUAUAUGAAUCCUCUUUUAAUCUUUUUGAGCUCAACAUGAAACUAUGUUCCCAGUUCUCACUGGUAGAGUUUUUAUUUGCUUGUUGUAAAGUUGGUUAUUUCAAUGCUUUACAUUAAUAUAUUCAUGUAAUAUACAGUUUAUUAUUUAUUUAUGUAAGUCUUGCUUCAGCGGAAAGGUUUUAAUUGUUUUUCUCACUGGGUAUUUUUGGGAGUAUGGAUUUUGUAUAUAUUGCUCUGCUGUUAUAUCUGGAGUGCCUUUGCAUUUUUUCCAUGAGAAUGUUUAACAUGUUCCAUUUGAAAAGAAACAUGUACAGUAUAGCUGACUGUGUACACUUUAUAUUUUUGGAGAUGCCUAUGCAUUUAUUUUUAUUCAUUGUUUAAUAAACUUAAAAUUAUGCAAUCACUAAA